AUGUCGGACACUGCGAUGGAUGUUGAGGCGCCUUCGACAACGCAAGGUGGUGAGCAGGCGCCGCGUUUCCAAGUGAAGAAGUGGAAUAGCGUUUGUCUUUGGAGUUGGGAUAUCCAGGUGGACAAUGUAUCGUUGAGCGACUCACAUCUAGGUAUUGAGUGCCAAGCCAACCAGGGCUCUACGACAAUCGAGGAAUGCACGGUGGCCUGGGGCGCUUGCAAUCAUGCAUUCCAUUUCCACUGCAUUUCCCGCUGGCUCAAGACGCGGCCUGUCUGCCCACUGGACAACCGUGAAUGGGUAUUGCAAAAGUAG